CAUUGUCAGGCAGUGCAUAUAAAAGCCGUAACAGCUACUUUUGUAAUUAUUCAUGCAUCGAAUUGAUAAUCAGUAUCUGGUGUUUUAUAUUGAUAACAACAAUGCUUUGCAAGUUAUUUUUACUUGCUUUAUUCCUUGCAGUGGUAGUGGCGCAAGACCCGGAACCUGCCGAAAAAGACCCCAGCUAUCCGGACCCAAACGAAACUGCCGAAGAAGCAUGGUCAAAGUAUAAGAAAGCGUUUUAUAAGUCGUAUGAUGAAGAAGAAGAUGCCAAAAGGUUUGCUUUAUUUGAGAAAAGAUACUACGAAAUUAUAGAGCACAACAAAAAGUACGAGGCGGGGGAAGUAUCAUGGAGUAAAGGACUGAACCCAAUGACUGAUUUAACAGAUGAAGAAUUUAACAAUCUUCUUGGUCUCAUCCCCAUACCGCCUAAUCAGAAAGAUGUAUAAAAAUGACUUGUAUUAUUGAAAGCUUGAUAAAAAUUAAUUAAAGGGAUUAUUUGUCAA